AUGACAACGUCAGAUCCCCGUCAAUCACAUAAUCAAAAAGAAACAAAUAAUAAACAACCGACUAAUAAUUAUAACCCAACACAUGAAGUAGAAGUUGAUUCAGAAUUACUUGAAUUAGAAACAGCUUUAAAUGAUAUUGAAAAAGCUAUGGAUAAAAUUGAAUCACAAAAUACUGCUAUUCAAGCAAGAUUACGUGAUUUACUUGAUGGAAAUAGAGAAAUGACAAGAGAAUUUACCUAUAUUCGUCGAGAUAUGUCAAGUAAAUUUAAAGAAGUACAUCGACAAUUUGAACAAAUGCCUGGCAUUUCACAUGAUUUAGCUGCUGUUACAUCAAAUACAUUAACAAAAAUUGAACAGGAUCUAUCAAAUGAUCAACAUAAAUCUGAAUGA